CUCCUGGAGCCUUUCUCCCUAUUUAUAAGGACGUGACUCCCCUUUCAAGCACCAGUGUUUGUGGCUGGCUGCAGUGUGGAAUCCUAAAGAAUGCUGCUCUUGGUGGUUUUAACGUGUUUACUGGCAGGCUGCCUUGCUCAGAAGCCUCACCCAUGCUCUAGUCCUUCUCUUCUGAGCGGAAGCCUCACUGUGUCUACACAGAAUGAAAAGCUGUGGACUUAUGCCAGAUACUUGUAUGAUGCACUGGGACAGCGGGUCCGGAUCAUGGAGCUGGGAAGCUACGAGAAUAAGUCAUUCACUUAUGACGCUCUUCUGCUCUACAGAGAGGGUAGCAUGUAUGAGAUUAACAAACAUGACCGCACAUGCAAGAAAAAGCCCCUGAAGACAGACUUCCAGCCUAUGGCAAUCCCAAAAGAUGCGUCUCUGCUGGGCCAAGUUGUUCUUGGCACCUCGUCUGGACCCGGAGAAGGCCUCCUAGUCAACACUUGGACGGGAGAUCUGCCCGGCAAAGCAGGGAAGUUCAUGAGCACAGUCCCUGAAUUCGGUUGUGUCCCUAUAAGCACUGCGUACCACACUGGGGAGUUUGGAUGGGUGGUGACAAGCUUCUUCAACAACGUCCUUGGGAUAUCAGACCCUGAUCGGCUCAACCCUCCGGACUUCUGCCUGGGUGGAAAGAGGAGUGCUGAUGAAGAAGAGCAAACAGACUUCCUCAGCUUGUUCCUUAAGAAGCUCUGAGGGCCUCCUUUAAGUGAUUUGAGAAUGUGUUCUGUGGUAUACGUCUCAUUUACUCUACAAGAACACAUGUAGUUUGAAGCAUCUGAACCAUGUGCUAGAAUCCUUUUUUACUAACAUAUUUCUGAAAACAAAAGAAUCUGUGACCACAUGUAAUUUUCAGUGAUGUGCAUACAGAAAUAAAACACAGAUUAAUUUAUUUCACUGUGUGCAAUGACUACAUAAAAUAAACAGCAUUCAAACAUU